CCCACUGAACCGGGAAAGUCGCUUCGAACCAAACAGCGUGCUUCACAUUCAACAGUCUAUUCAGUAAUCGCCCAACGCAAAGGAGCGCUCAUUACAGAACAGUUUGAGAGAGAGACAGAGAGAGAAGUUGAAUGAACAACACUUUCGUUUGUUUCUCGCAGGAUUUAAGGAUAUUUACACGGACUUCUAGUCUUUUUAACAACGUUUUGCAAUAUUUAUAUUUUUUCCUCCGUCAAAAAGCCCAUUGUGAUUUAUAUUCUCUAUAUGGGACCUUUACAUAAAGUGAUUGAAAACGUCAUCUCUGAACAAUCUCAAGAAACUGCUGAGUGCACGCAAACAUGCCGUCGCUUCUCGAUUGAACAGGUUAGCUCGGAUUUCCGUUAAGUAUUUACAACUAUUUGUGACUGGGCACCGGACAGGCAGACUUUACCUCAGAUGCACCUCACAUACAUAACAGACCCCGUUUAGAGCGCAGAGGAGAGCGAGGAACAAAAACAUACCGGCUCAAACCAAACAAACCGUUUGUAGUUUGACAGUUAGAGGCGGUUAUGCCAGCCGCUGACUUCGACAUGGUGGUUGACAGUCCUCGGUUACACGGGGGUAAAGCCCCCGCCUCUACCCCCAACAACGAGAACGUUGUCCCGGCUUCCCUAAGCAGUCCUGCCGUGGAUAUCCUGCGGAACUUCUACCAUACCAAGCGUGUAGGAAACUACUUGAUCGGGAGGAAACUGGGAGAGGGCUCCUUCGCUAAAGUCCGAGAGGGACUUCAUGCCAUGACCGGAGAGAAGGUUGCAGUAAAGGUGAUAGAUAAGAGGAAGGCGAAGAAGGACUCGUAUGUGACUAAGAACCUCCGUAGAGAGGGUCAUAUCCAACAGAUGAUCAGACACCCCAACAUCACCCAGCUGCUGGACAUACUGGAGACUGAGAACAGUUACUACCUGGUGAUGGAGUUGUGUCCUGGAGGAAACAUCAUAACCGGAUAUACUAUAAGAAGAAGCUAUAGAGAGACUAUACUAUACUAUACCACAGCUGAUUUUGGUCUCAGUAACUGUGCAGGGAUCCUGGGUUACUCAGACCCGUUCAGUACGCAGUGUGGGAGCCCAGCCUACGCUGCUCCAGAACUACUGUCCCGCAAGAAGUACGGCCCCAAGGUGGACGUCUGGUCCAUAGGAGUGAACAUGUACGCCAUGCUGACCGGCAGCCUUCCCUUCACCGUGGAGCCCUUCAGUCUCAGGGCUCUGCACCAGAAGAUGGUGGACAAGGAUAUGAACCCUCUACCGCCCUCUCUCUCUACAGCGGCCAUCUGUCUGUUGAAGAAGCUGUUAGAACCAGAUCCAGCUAAGAGACCUAACAUCCACCAGGUCAUGGUCGACUCCUGGCUACAACUGGCUAACGCUAACACUGGAGCACCCUACCUCAACAGGAUCCACAUUGAGGAGAUCAACCACAUGGUAUUACUGCAUAUGACAGAGAGGAUGGGCUACAAACACAGCGAGGUGCUGAGUGCCGUGCUCACCAACAGAGCCUGUCACACCCUGGCUGUCUACUUCCUGCUCAACAACAAGAUGAAGAGGCUCUCCAAGGAGUACAGGGAGAAGGUGUACCAGGAGAAGGAGAAGAAGACAGAGAAGAAUGAAUAUUUCCAGACCCAGUGGAGGAAACACGUAGAGAAGGUCACCAUCCCUCCUAAACAGACUCCCGUCUACCUGGCCGUCAGCAAGGGCCCGAGCAAGGAGAAGAAGCACAGGAAUGAAAUAGCGGCCCUUGUGUGCACUGUCGGUAAUACCAUAAAACCCAGGAUGACACGGGCACGAUAUGAAGAUAUGGAAAUCUGGAUACAACCCAACACUAGAUGCCAUCCCUCCAUACCGCCACUCCUCUACCCCUCCAUCCCUCCCAUCCCGUCUUCUGCGGCGGUGACCGGUAACUUCCACCGUGCUUCUCCUCUCGCCCCGUCCGGCACCGUCGCCUCGUCCUCCAUGGAAUACCUAGAGAUCCACCCCCUCUUCCCCCGCACGCCACAGCCAAUCAGGCGCCUCGAAACUCUCCAGGUGGCCAAUACUAGCCCUGACCACAUCCCUGCCCCCCCGGCUCCCUCUCCAAUCGGUAUGCACUCCUACGACUCCCUCUCCAAAGCCGAGCCAAUCGACGACGUUGUGGUUCCUGCCUCGGCCACUCCCUGGUACAAACUGACCAAUGGGACCUUCUCCCCUCCUCGACAUGUCUCCGCCUUUCACCCUGACUCCUCCUACUUAAAAAAGGCGACCAUCCCCAGCCCCCCCGUCCUCAUCGUCAACCCCCAGCCUAAAAAGUCCUCCUCUAACUCGGGUGACUGGUGCGGGUCAGACACCAGCUGUAGCCCACCCAGCUCCUUCGGCAGCCCCCCAGGAGGCUCAGCCUUCUCCCCGCCCAAAUCAGCCUUCUCCCCCCUCAACCCGUCAUCUGCCUUUAGUCCUCCGUCCGCCGGGGGCAGCGUUGAGCCAGACAGCCCCUAUCACCGCGGCAGUAAGUUUCCCUCUAUGGGCAUCGGUCAGAUCCUGAAGAAGAAGGUUCCCUUCCAGCCGUUCAGUUUCAGGGCGGAGCAAGCGGUGGAGGAGGAUCUGGUGUCUCCGCCCCUUACCACAUGCAGACGCUGCUCUGCGCCUCCGGGCGCUCAAGACCCUCUGCUGAAGCAUUCUGGCUGGCAAGAUAUCAUCAACCCUGCCCACAGCUGGCAAGAUAUCAUUAACCCUGCCCACAGCUGGCAAGAUAUCAUCAACCCUGCCCAGAGCUGGCAAGAUAUCAUCAACCCUGCCCAGAGCUGGCAAUAUAUCAUCAACCCUGCCCAGAGCUGGCAAGAUAUCAUUAACCCUGCCCACAGCUGGCAAGAUAUCAUUAACCCUGCCCACAGCUGGCAAUAUAUCAUCAACCCUGCCCAGAGCUGGCAAGAUAUCAUCAACCCUGCCCACAGCUGGCAAGAUAUCAUCAACCCUGCCCAGAGCUGGCAAGAUAUCAUCAACCCUGCCCAGAGCUGGCAAGAUAUCAUCAACCCUGCCCACAGCUGGCAAGAUAUCAUCAACCCUGCCCACAGCUGGCAAGAUAUCAUCAACCCUGCCCACAGCUGGCAAGAUAUCAUCAACCCUGCCCACAGCUGGCAAGAUAUCAUCAACCCUGCCCACAGCUGGCAAGAUAUCAUCAACCCUGCCCACAGCUGA